GAUCGCGAUUUAGCUGUGAAGGAGAAGCACCAGCUCCAAGCCAAACUGGAGAACCUAGAACAGGUCCUCAAGCACAUGCGAGAGGCCGCGGAAAGGCGGCAGCAGCUGGAAGUGGAGCAUGAGCAAGCCCUGGCUGUCCUCACCGCGAAGCAGCAGGAAAUCGAGUUUCUGCAGAAGUCCAAGGUGCAAGAGCUGGAGGCGAAAUGUCAGAUGCAGACUGAGCAGUUCAGCCUGCUGUCUCGGGAGCUGGAGAGGUUCCGGCUGCACGCAGGGACCAUCGACCUCGUGGGGAGCAGUCCUGUGGGUGCCCCCAGCAAGCCCUUCCCACCCUUCAUGAAUGGGAUCGCUGCCUCCAUCGGCAAAGGUCAGGAGAGCACCAUUGGAAGCCACUCUGUGAUUGGUGACUAUAUCCUGCCCCUUGUGCCAGAGCUGCCGUCACACAAACCUGCCUUUCUGUCGAGAUCCGGAGGCCCGAGAUGCAGAGUGGAGUCUGAUAUGGAUAAUGAACGGAAUUCCAAUACCGCAAAGCAGAGAUACUCCGGAAAGGUUCAUCUAUGUGUUGCCCGCUACAGCUACAACCCCUUUGAUGGGCCAAAUGAAAAUCCGGAAGCGGAGCUGCCGCUCACGGCAGGGAAGUACCUUUAUGUGUACGGCGACAUGGAUGAAGAUGGUUUUUACGAAGGUGAACUACUGGAUGGACAGAGAGGUCUGGUGCCCUCCAACUUUGUGGACUUUGUCCAGGACAAUGAGUCGCGAUUGGCAACCACGCUGGGAAAUGAACAGGAUCAGAAUUUCAUCAACCGUUCCGGCAUCGGCUUGGAAGGGGAGAACGUCCGGGACCUCCACUCUCCCAUUCACAUUGACCCCAGCGUCACGGACAAUGGUGGGGGGACGCUGGACAUGAACAUUGAUGAGAUUGGAGAAGACAUUGUGCCUUACCCUAGAAAAAUCACCCUAAUCAAACAACUCGCCAAAAGUGUCAUUGUGGGCUGGGAGCCCCCAGCCAUGCCCCCGGGGUGGGGGACCGUAAGCAGCUACAACAUCCUGGUGGACAAGGAGACGCGGAUGAAUCUGACGCUGGGGAGCAGAACCAAAGCGCUCAUUGAGAAGCUCAACAUGGCUGCGUGCACCUACCGCAUCUCUGUGCAGUGUGUGACGAGCCGGGGCAGCUCAGACGAGCUGCAGUGCACGCUGCUGGUGGGCCGGGAUGUGGUGGUGGCCCCCUCCCAUCUGCGGGUGGACAACAUCACCCAGAUCUCCGCCCAGCUCUCCUGGCUCCCCACCAACAGCAACUACAGCCACGUGAUCUUCCUCAACGAAGAGGAGUUUGACAUCGUCAGGGCGGCGAGGUACAAGUACCAGUUUUUAAAUCUCAGACCCAACAUGGCCUACAAGGUGAAGGUUCUUGCCAAGCCCCACCAGAUGCCAUGGCAGCUGCCCUUGGAGCAGCGGGAGAAGAAGGAGGCCUUCGUCGAAUUCUCGACGCUGCCCGCAGGUCCUCCGGCUCCCCCACAGGAUGUCACUGUGCAGGCUGGAGCCACCCCAGCCACUGUCCAGGUCUCCUGGAGACCCCCUGCCCUGACGUCCACUGGGCUGUCCAAUGGGGCUAACGUGACGGGCUACGGCGUAUACGCACGAGGGCAGAGGGUGGCUGAGGUCAUCUUCCCCACGGCGGACGGCACGGCAGUGGAGCUGGUGCGGUUGCGCAGUUUGGAAGCCCGGGCAGUGAGCGUGCGGACCCUCUCGGCCCAGGGCGAGUCCGUGGACUCCUCAGCUGCUGCCAUAGCCCCCGACCUCCUGGUGCCUCCAGCCCCCCACCCCAGGACUGCGUCCCCACCGAAGCCAUCCGCAAGUGCCGGUGUCCCCGAAACCAAAGACGCACCCCCAGGCCGGGCGUCGGCCCCCGCGCAUGGACACCUGCUGGAGCCCCCCAGUCCUCAGGGCCCCGGGCCCGGGCGCCGCUCGCCCUCGCCCAGCCGUAUCCUCCCACAGCCACAGGGGGCGCCCGUCUCCAGCACUGUCGCCAAGGCCAUGGCCCGCGAGGCUGCGCAGAGGGUGGCCGAGAGCAGCAGGUUAGAGAAAAGGAGUGUGUUUCCGGAGCGGAGCAGCACGGGGCAGUACGUGAAGUCCGAUGAGGAGGACAGUUACUGCUCCCCAGACAUCAAGCGGAGAGGCACGUCCGUGGAAGAUUUCCUCAAAGGCUCUGAGCUUGGGAAGCAGCCCCAUUGUUACCAUGGAGAAGAGUAUCACACUGAGAGCAGCCGUGGGUCCGACCUCUCAGACAUCAUUGAGGAGGAUGAGGAGGAGUUAUACUCGGAAAUGCAGCUGGAAGACGGGGGAAGGAGGCGGCCCAGUGGCACAUCCCACAACGCCCUCAAGAUUUUAGGGAACCUGGUAUCAGCUGGACGGGCUGAGAGGGCCGAUCACAUGGGUUCGAGGUUUCCUCACGGCAGUGCUGGCCCGCCGAGGUCCCGGCCAAUGGUGGUCCCUUCCAUGGACGACUACGGAGGCCGAGACAGGCUCUCACCAGACUUCUACGAAGAGUCAGAGACGGAUCCCGGCGCCGACGAGCUCUCGACCCGCAUCUUUGUGGCUCUCUUCGACUAUGACCCACUCACCAUGUCCCCUAACCCAGAUGCUGCGGAAGAGGAGCUCCCUUUUAAAGAAGGACAGAUCAUCAAGGUUUACGGUGAUAAAGACGCGGAUGGAUUUUAUCGCGGGGAGACCUGUGCCCGCCUCGGCCUCAUUCCUUGUAACAUGGUCUCAGAGAUCCAAGCAGAUGACGAAGAGAUGAUGGGUCAGCUUCUGAGACAGGGCUUUCUCCCUCUCAAUACCCCUGUGGAGAAAAUAGAGAGAAAUAGAAGGAGCGGCAGACAGCACUCGGCACCUACACGAAGAAUGGUGGCUCUGUACGAUUAUGAUCCAAGGGAAAGCUCGCCUAACGUUGAUGUUGAGGCUGAACUCACAUUCUGUACAGGAGAUAUUAUUACAGUUUUCGGUGAAAUCGAUGAAGAUGGAUUUUAUUAUGGGGCGCUAAAUGGGCACAAGGGUCUGGUCCCUUCAAACUUCCUGGAAGAAGUGCCUGAUGAUGUCGAAGUCUAUCUUUCCGACGUGCCGUCUCACCACUCUCAAGAUACGCAGAUGCGUUCAUCAAAGGCAAAAAGGAAGAAGAGUGUUCAUUUCACACCUUAA